AUGCUCCAUUAUCGCGUAUCGCCAAUCUAUAUUAUGAUCAUGGGAUACAAUAUUCUUCGUUUGUGUUCUUGUGCAGGUUCAUUCGAAAUACGACUUGUUUCGUUGACAAUUGGCUCAAAAGAGGAGUUUCUUCCUGAGCUGAGAAUUUGUUUGAAGCAUUUUGAGAAAAACAUUAUCUAUAAUGGUGUAUGUACAUUCGGUGAAGUGACACUUGAUGCAGAACGGUUACGCAACGGAACGAAGAUUGAGUUCCAAUUUGGUUGGCCAGAAUCAUUUACAUUAAUAACGGAAGCAUGGAGGACAACUGGAAAUCUAAAAAAGCUAAUAUCUCAUGAUGGUUUCCAACGUGAAAGUAUUCCUUCGGGUAAAAAUUGGAUUGAAGAAACGCUUAUUGGUACAAAUGGUUUCCGAAUGAGUAUCGCUUAUAGGAUAACCUGUGCUAGUGAUUAUUAUGGACCACGAUGUCUUACAUUUUGUCAGCCGAUGUAUAGUACUGUUGGUCAUUUCCAGUGUACAUCGAAUGGAUCAUUGGCAUGUUCAGUUGGUUGGGAAGGGUCAAGUUGUGACAUUGCACGUUGCGAUAAUUGCGUCAAUGGUGCAUGCGAUCGACCUGGUUCAUGUCGCUGUAAAACCGGAUGGACUGGACCGAAUUGUGAUCAAUGUGUGAGAUAUCCAGGCUGCAAGCAUGGCACCUGCAAAUUGCCCAAUCAGUGUAUUUGCUAUGAAGGCUGGGGUGGACAUUUUUGCAACGAAGAUUUGAACUAUUGCACACGACAUCAGCCAUGUAGGAAUAAUGCAACAUGUAGGAAUACAGGACAUGGGCAGUAUACAUGUGAGUGCUCAGAUGGAUACACAGGAACGAAUUGUGAAACCCGUUUACAGAACUGUUCGCUGCAACCAUGUUUCAAUGGGGCUACUUGUGCUGAUAUGCCUGGGAAUAACUAUACUUGUAUUUGUCCAAAAGGCUUUACCGGUCGUUACUGUCAAGUUGCUGCUAACUCAUGUUCUGAUUCACCCUGUCAAAAUGGUGCUACUUGUAUGGAAAUUCGUGGAGUAUUCGGUUGCAGUUGUUUACCAGGAUGGACCGGUAGUACUUGCGAUAUCGAGAUUGGACCUUGUGACGAAAUUCGUUGUUUUAAUGGAGGAAAAUGCGUAGAAAGAAACGAUGGCUAUGACUGCCUUUGUCCGCUUGGCUUUACCGGGAAGCAUUGUGAAGAGAACUCUAAUGAGUGUGCACAAUUUAAUCCGUGCAUGAACGGCGGACGUUGCAUUGAUGAAAUAAAUAAUUACAAAUGUCAAUGCCGGGAUGGAUAUAGCGGUACAUUGUGUCAAGAUUCGGUCAGUGCUUGUUUAAAUGAGCCUUGCAUGAACGGUGGACAAUGCAUUGACGUAAAAGGUGGAGGGUACUAUUGUAAAUGUGGCAUCGGAUUUACAGGAAGCAAUUGUAAAAUUCCUGAAAUUAGAUGUGAUCGCAAUUCGUGCAGAAAUGGCGGUACCUGUGUCGAUUCAUCACAAGGAUUUUAUUGCCUCUGUCCACCGUGCUUCUAUGGUAAAAGUUGUUUGCAUCUUAAAUCGGAAUGCCGACCACUUCAACACUAUAAUCGCACAAGAACUUUUGUCGUAAAGAUUGAAAAUGAACAGCAGGCUUCAAAUGGCGGAUUAAACUUCAGAGAUCUGUUACUUACAUUGCUUUCUUCGUGUUGUAUUUUGGCAUUAAUGUUGAUUGUCGUUAUUUUUUACCGACAGAAAGUAGCGAAAAGGACGUCUUCGAUAGACCCAGCUCUCCAGAAUGACCGAAAUUCAAGAAUACUUUCAAAAUAUUCUGAACAAAAACCAUGCUUGUCCAUAUACACAAGCCCAAAUGCUGAAAUCAAUUAUUUCGAAAGAGAUCAUGCGAACAGAAUUCAAACAAUGUCUGGCAAGAAGAGAUUACCACCUUAUCCAGAUCGUGAAGAUCUUAAUUAUAGUGAGCGUUAUGCAAUCGAACCUACUGUCAACAUGAGGCUACCAUCGUUAAAAAAGGAUAUGUAUGCGGAGUGCUGUAAUAAGAUGGAUAUGCGACACUCGAAGCGUGUGCAUUCAUAUUUUCCAACACAGCCAUCUGAAGAUGGUGGUAAUCAUUAUGAGGAAAUUGAUGAUGAAUUGUCAGUACCAAAAGCGAUGUUGCAACAAACGAAUAAUAAAUCGGAAACAAUUACUACCAACCACCGGAUAGUCUCGGAUGAUACUUCUAGACAACAGCCACAAGAUGUUGUUCAUAAGGUGACCGAUAUACAAACUAAUUUAUAA